AUGUGUCCACCUCGACAUCUUGCGACUGCCGCACGACUGCGGUACGACUGUAACGUGGCGCAGGGUUGGGCUGACACAAGUCUGGUGGGUGGCUAUCAAAUCCCCACGCCAAACCUGGACGCACUGGCAGCCCACGGCGUCCUGCUGACGCAGCACUACACGAUGCAGACGUGUACGCCCUCCAGGGCGGCUCUUCUGACAGGCCUCUACCCAAUCAGGAUGGGUCUGCAGCACGCUGUGCUCCUUCCUGCCCAGCCAGAUGGCAUGAACCUCAGCGUUCCUACUCUAGCCGAACGCCUCAGGGACCUUGGUUACAAGACGCACGCUCUGGGAAAAUGGCACCUUGGCUACUCCAGUAUCGACUAUACUCCGAGGAGGCGAGGCUUCGACACUUUCUUCGGCUACUACAAUACUGCCAAGUACUACUACUUCCAUGGACUAAACUUCAACAACAAAUGUGGCCGCGACUUCUGGGACGACGAAGAGCUGGUGAAGGAUGCGGACGGCGUGUACGACACUGACCUCGUCACGGACAGGGCGGUCGACAUCAUCACCAGGCACGACAGAGAUAAGCCGCUGUUUAUGUACAUGGCCACUCUAGCGGCGCAUGGUGAGACGACCACUCUGACGACUGCUGCACCGGAAAAGAACCUGGCGAAGUUUCCGUACAUCGGUGAUCGCAACAGGACGCUUCUCGCUGGUACGGUGGACGCCUUGGACGAGGCCAUCGGCCGUAUCGUGGAGGCCCUGCACACUCGCGGUAUGCUUGCCAACAGCGUCAUAGUGUUCACCAGUGACAACGGGGGAGUUCCGUGGGGGGUGUACUCGAACACGGGCUCCAACUGGCCGUUGCGAGGCGUCAAGGGCACGCUCUGGGAAGGCGGCGUCCGUGUGCCGGCUGUAGUCUGGAGCCCCCUCCUCCGGCCUGGCUCCCGGGUCGUUCUGCCCCGACUCGCUCACUUGGUCGACUGGCUGCCCACUCUGUACUCGGCUGCUGGCGGUAACGUCAGUGACCUAGGCACCAUCGAUGGUCUCGACCUGUGGCCAGCGUUAUCCACGGCGAAAAGCCAUAGUACCGUCACUUGGCCUCGCAGCGAGUUCCUCAUCAACAUCGACACUGCUUCUGGGCUGUCGGGCUACCGCCACGCGACGUCGCACUACAGCAACACGUCCCCGUACCAGGUGGCAUGCCGGAGUUUGAAAGCUGAGGAGGCCGCGGAGGAAGACCUGGACCGUCUGAUGAAGUCCUCGCUGGCCUGGAAGACCCUGGAAGAGUUAUACAGAGACGGACCUUGUUGCGCAGAUGUGUCAGUCGGCUGGCGUCAGAAGGCUGCGGUUCGGUGCUCGCCGCAGCAAAAUAUUUCUCAGUCGGGAUUCAAACUGCGUAGCGAGGGUCACUACCUGUUCGACGUCGAAAGCGACCCUUGUGAACUCUACGACCUGGCCUCAACACUGCCGUCGGUGGUUGACAGGCUAGCGAAGAAGAUGGAGUCGUACACAGAAGUCGCAGCGCCACCGAAGCCCCUUAUUAUGGACCCGAUGGGAGAGCCUUCCGUCAACGACUGCGUCUGGGCACCGUGGAGCGUCUGGGCACCGUGGAAACAAUACGCCCAGACGACAAAUCGCUGCUGUCCCUGUCCUUGA